AUGAAGGCGAUUUAAUUGAAAAAUCAAAUGAGAAAAGUCCUUAAAAAUCUUUAGGCUUAAGCUCAUAAAUAAUAGAUAUGUCUCAUUUAAAAUUAGAAGAAUUUCUUUUCUACUUAGCAAGACUAGUAGCAGAAUCCAUAGAAUAAUCCUUUCAAUGCAGGAUUUCAUAAUAACUUCCAAUAAAAAGCCUAAAAUCAAGAACAAUCUAAGGAUGACACUGCACAAAACAAAAGUGAAAGCAAUUCUAAUUAGCAGCAAAAAUCUUCUACAGCAUAAGCAGCUAGAAAACCUUAUUAGAAGCCUAGUUUCCUAUAAGAUGAUUAUGAUCAUUUGUCAAAGCCAAACGCUAAUAUCUAGGAUGAUGAUUUUUUACCAGACUAUUUAGUCAGAGACGCUCCAUCUUACAAAAGAAAUCCAGUUUCAAUAAACCUUCCUUGGCUAAUUAAUGGUGCUCCUAACAUUGAACUAAAGACCAGAUUUAUGGGAGAGUAGAUCUUCUCAAGACUUAAGGUUCACAAGAAUGAGGUACUCGAGCAUCUUUUUAAAAUAUUUAGAGCAGUUUUACUUUCAUCGUAGGACAGAGACUUUGACUUUUUGGAAUAGUAUUGUGAAGAGGUAUUCUACACAAAACUUAGAAAUAGACUGAAUCAACUGAAAUAGAGCAAUAUUUAGUUGAUAGUUGAAGAGGAUAUGUUUGCUGAUAGAGGAAAGCCCAUCUAAGUUGAAGCCAAUAUCUACGAUCAUACUGUAAUCAAGGGACUAUCACCAAUUAGAAAGGAAAAUGGCUCUGAAAGUGACUAUCUUAUCUAUAAUGAUAUUGAAAAUAUGGGCUAUAUCUCCUAUGUGCCAUAGUGA